AUGGCGGACCGGAUGAGAGACACCGCAUUGGGUGAUUCCCAAUGCAUCACGACCAUAGAAGACCACACAAGGGAACCUACAAGGGUGCCUAAUCAUCCCGUUAGCGAAGAAAACAGCCUCUACAGUUCUGGGACUGGUGGCGAGAGGGGAGGUGAAGAUGGCCCUGCUGCUUUCGCGCUGCCUGAAGCUCUGCCCUCCCCUAGGAUUGUGGUGGAUUGGAGCCAAGAAGCUGCGAGCCACUCCACCGAUGAGGCGGUGGUUAGGGGGUAUAUCGGCAUCGCACUUGCUCUUCUACGCCACUUUGAGGAGGCGCUAGGGACCCGGCAGCGAAUUACGACGGGCAGCUUAGAGUGUGCGGAGACUGUUUGCAAUGCAUUAAAUGCAAUUCAAGACCCAAACCCCAGAUUCCAGUUGCUUGCGCAACGUAUUGCAACUGCUAUUGCCCUUCUACACAGGCGCAAAACGCUGGAAGAUCGAGAUGCAGAAGAACGGGGGGUUGUUUACGGGGAAGUGGAAUUCCCAUAUCCCGGACUCAAUACAACCAGUUGGACCUCGUUUCUGCGGGGCUACACCUCCCCUCUGUACCCAUCUCGUUCCAACGGUAUUGAGGGGCCGGAGGUUUCUUCGUGGUCCCCUGAAUCCCCCCAACAAACCCAAGAAGGGGCUAUGGACCCAUUGGGGAACCCCAAGAGCUGCACUAGCUUUCCCUUGCAAACUGUGCAGUGUAGGGGGAGGCAGCAGCGACGCAUUGCCGGGCCUCCACCUCCCAAAGUUGUGUCUAUGCAUGAAAUAGCGAGUAACGUGGGAACCGAUCCCGAAGGACCUCUGCAGGCGGCAUCAAGCUCACCACGACCGUGUGGGGGAGGGGUUGUGAAGGGUGGCACUAGCUUGGAAGACGCUGCAAUAGCUGUUCCCGCUGGGAAACGUGGGGACGUCUGCCUGCAAGGCAGUAGUUCGUUGGGGGCAUCGGAGGUUAAGUCAGGCAUGACUUUCGGGCAUUCAACGGGUACUGCCACUCUAUUUCCUCCGUCUCAAGAGCUCCGAAGGUCUUUAGCGAGAGUGGCAGGCCGCCUUGAGAGGCCCUACAGCACUUUGGAGCCCAUGCGGGAACCAGCAGAUCUUGCUGUCCUCUCUCCGUCCAACGUUGGAAGGGGGACUCAGCAGUCCUCAGCUGAUCCACUUAGGGCCAACCUUGUUGAGAAGCGUGGCGUGGAGGUGUUCUCAAAAGCUAAGCCAAGCCAGAGAGAAUUGUGUACUGCCGUACCCUUUCGAAAUCUGGAAGAGAACCUGCGUGUGCGACCACUUGUUCUCAGCGAAACUCACGUCCUGGCGGACAAGCAGAGUGACCAGGGAAAAGAGGAUCCUAACCGCGCAUCCGCUGUGGAGGCAUUAGCGCUCAUUAGGUGCGCCACGGACCUUAUUGUUAGUGGGGAGGGGCCAGGGUUUGUUGAGAAGCAGUUUUUUAGGUACGUUAAGCCAAGCUACUAUCAAAUAGGAGCUGCCAGGCCGCGCAUUAAUGAGGGCAUGACACCCGCGCAAGGCAAGUACCUCCUCCUCCACUACUCAAUUGCGAAGGUUGAAGCUGAGUAUGGGGAAGACACUGCUGCGACGUGCAAACAUUUGUACCUUCGGGACUUGCGAAGAAUGGAAGAAAUCAUUCUUGACCCUGUGCCUCCCCAGGGGCUCCCUACUAUUGAAACUCGCAGCGGGAAUGAAGGGCAGGAGUCCCAACGCCCAAGUGGUGCGCCAAGAGGUGCGCAUUCGCUGCCAGAACGAUCACCUGAGGAACGGAUGGAGCGCCGUUUGCCUCUGACGAUUCUUAGUCUUCCUUCAAGCACCCCACCACAAGAAGCAGGCAAGCGUCGCCGGGAGUCGUUGCAUCAAGUGCUCACCGAUUGCUCUCACCGCCUGCCUUCAGACAAACAGCUACUACAGCCAACUCUGAUAAAUAAAGAGAAGUCACCAGGGAACAGCAGUCGUGGGACGGCCUCAUCUUCGCAGCUUAACACCAUGAGCCUUCCGAAACCCCUUCCCAGUCUCGGCGGGUUAGCGCAUAGCUUGGAGAAGUUGGCAACUGUGGAGCAGCCAACGACGACUUCAGUUGGAGAGGUCAUAGACUCCUCGCGACCUCUGUCUUCAAGUUCUGCCUCUGCCAUCUUGACUUCGGCUCCUGGUUUUCCUGAUUUCCCCAUUGCGGUUGACGGGGCUGCAGACGGUGCGAAGAGACACCUCAUCCUUUGUGGGGAAGUUACUUCGGUACUGUUUGAGCCUCCAAAGAACACCGCAGGAGAAUCUAUUCUAGACUCUGAGGGUGGUUGGUGUACACACGAAAGCAGAAAAUCACCCCUACGAAGCGGCUUAUGGGCGUUGGUUCUUGGGGCAAGGGUCAACGAGAAUACCAUGCAGGAGUUUGGCGUUCCUUGUGCCGUCGGUUCUCGUGUAUUGUGCUCAAGACUGCGCUUGUGCAUUUCCCUCUUGUCAACAACCUCUUGUCGACGUCUCCAGCAGUGUGUAGAGUAG